AUGUUAGACAAAAUUGAAAAAGAAGUAGAUGUAAACAAAUCCAAAGUCUUAAGCAUAGAAAACGACCUUCGCGAUUUUAAAGAAAGUCUUAACUUCCAAGAAACAACUAUUAUGGAAAAAAUAAAUAAGAUCACGAAGCGUUACGAAAAGGAGAUAAACAACUUAAAUAAGAAGACACUAGAUUUGGAGAAUCGAUCUCGAAGAAACAACCUAAGAUUAGAUGGAAUAUUUGAAAAGCCAAAUGAAAAUUGGAAUGAGUGCGAAAAUGCAGUAAAGGAAAUGUUUAAAAAACAACUAAAAAUUAGUAAUGAAAUUAUCAUAGAAAGAGCUCAUAGAAUAGGCCAACCUAAAGAAGAUAAGAAACCAAGAACGAUUGUCCUAAAGUUAUUAAAUUUUCAAGACAAAACAAAAAUACUUAACGCUACAAAAAACUUGCGAGGAACUGGGAUAUAUGUUAAUGAGGAUUUCGCUAAAGAAACGAUGGAAAGCCGAAGGAUGUUGUGGGAAGAGGUCAAAAAGUUGCGACUUGAAGGUAAGUAUGCAGUUAUAAAGUAUGACAAAAUUGUUUCUAGAGAAUUUCGAAAAAAUGAUCUUAGUGUUUCUGACGGCGAUGGAGAAAUAUUAACAAUUGAGAUUAUUAAUGAACGAACAAAAAAUAUUUUAGUUAGCUGUUGUUAUCGACCGCCAGAUGGCGUGAGCGAGAACUUGAGCAUGUUUUUACAGCAAAAUGUUAUUGCAAAAGAAUUAUCUGCUGAACUAUCAUUUGAUGAGUUUGAGAAAGCUUUUAAAUCUUUUAAAAAAAAUAAAGCACCUGGUGCAGAUGAAAUAAACGGGAACAUUGUUAUAGAUUGCUAUGAACAAUUAAAAAAUAUUCUUUUCAAAAUUUUCAGAGCAUCUAUUCAUCAAGCGGAAACAGGUUCAAUUAGUUAA